ACAUGCGGCGUCAGAAAGAGAACGUUCAACAUCAUCGUAAUAGCCGCCAUCAUUGCUAUUGUGGUGGUAACUUUGGCUCUUGGAAUUGGUCUAGGUCUGGGUCUCAAAGAUAAGGACUCGUCCGAUUCUCCAAAAAAUAAAGGGGUCGCUCCUUUCUGCAACGACCAUCCGGAAUUGUGUAUCGGCGGUGCACUUGGAACAGAAUACUAUUCUAAGAAGGGAGCUUUCAACGGUUCGGGUAUCGCUCUAGCUGGAGAGUCAUGGAGCCAAGACAAGCGCAGGAUCUUUACACUUUACUUCCAGCAUUGGACGGGCGACAUCAGAUUCAUGCAAUACACGACCGAAAAGAAAUGGAUCGGCGGCACUAGAUCGGAGACGGUUGCGACUGAUGCAAAGAACGGCACAGCUAUAUCGACUGUCUCUUUUGCCAUCAAUAGCACACAAUAUUUCCACGUCUUCUACAUCUCGAAGGAAAACAUCGUCCGACAAGUAACCCAAACCAAUGUGAGCAACAUCUGGCAACCAGGUCCACUAAGCAAGUUGAACCUUACGGUCUACGACUCUCCCGGCAACGUGGGACUCCAGGCAUGUUGGAAAGGCAACUUCUACGGUGACUCGGACUACUCCAAGAUGCCAACACCAAGCGGCGAAAAAAACAAGAUACCGUUCGAGGAUAUCCAAGGGAUGAACAUAUGGUUCGCGACAGACGAUUCGACCUUCCAGCAAUACGCCUGGUAUGCCGGGUUCGAAGACUGGGGCGCGCUCGACAAGUGGCAGGGCAAAAACACCCACGCUGGUGUGGGAUGUUACAGCUGGGGCGAGGGCACGACCACCUACACCAUGAUGGUCAACAAAGCGAACGACACCGAGAUCUGGUGGAAGGAUACCGCCAACGCGACGUCCACUCAGGCCCAUCCUAUCAUGUCGUGGCAGAACUCCACGAAAGGUCUCAUCCCGGAUGUCUACCCAACGUCAUCGCUAGGUUAUACGACAUAUUUCUACGCGCAGAUGGCCGACAAAUCCAUAUCGGGGUUCAACGUCACAUAUCAAGCCGAGAAUACUACCAUCGUGUCUGGGGAUACAUUCACCAUCACAAACCCUGCGGGGCCGGAAUACGCGCUGGGUGGAACUCAUCUGACGGCGACCGCAUACACGGAGAUGGACGGCGAUAAGCCAGUGUGGGACAGUCUGUAUGUCUUCUACCAGACAGAUGGGGACGAUAUUUCGGCCUUCACCAGGGGGAUCGCCGGCGGUGAAUGGCAAAAGGGCCAGCUGAAUAUUCCAUUUGAAUAA